AUGGUGCACGGUAAAUUGUCGCCCGGGGCGCGGCUGAUGAGGACAUCUCGGCUGUUCUCCCUGCCCAAGCCAUUGCCUGAACCUCAGUCGAGUAACUUGCACAUUGGUGACCACAAGUCUCCCACCAUGACAAGACAAUAUCCGCAACACCAGGCCAUCACGUCUCCUCUCGCAUCGAGAGAGAAGGGUGACUGGGGAUUCAAGCGACCGUUCCCCCUCAAGUCCACCCUGACAACCUCAACACCCUUUAUCCGAGUCAAACAAGUCGAUUCUAUCGAGAGCGUAACCGACUUUGCUUCUGCCGCCGACCACGCCCUUUCGCUCGAAAAGUUCCAGGAGAUGCGCAUUGCCAUGUCGAUUCCUAAAGGAAAGGACACAAACACCACGACAUUCACUACCGAUACGUGGCACAAGUCUGUUUUCGAACAGGACCUUGAUUUUACCGACCAUCGUCAAGGACGGAAAGACGAUAAGCGAUGGAAGUUCGAGGGGCCUUGGCUGGCCAGGAUGACCGAGGGCGAAUUUAUUAAAUACCUUGAAACGAAAGUCCGACCCAAGCGUGCUAUGUUUCAACAGGUACUCCUACGAAGACUUGUCAAGUCUCACAACGCCAAGAUGGCCCAGUCUGCCAUGGAGCAGGGCAACGCGAUACCAGAAAAAAUCAACAAAUGGGACGUCUCUCGUAAACAGUACAUAGAGUAUGUGCGCUCUUUACGAAACGACCGAGCCGCACUCUACGGCCUGGUCUCCAAGUUCCUUGAUCUUGCUCCCCUGGGCCAGCCCGUUGGUAUUCUUCAGACGUUUUUAGCUGGCGGGGAGAACGCAGCUGCUGAGAGCCCAUACGGUAAAUCUGGACCACCUCCCAGUCACCCAUCUGCUGGUAUCAGCUAUCUGAGAACAAACUCCUACAUGGCGAACCAUCCUGUAUAUGGACCUCAAAAGCAGCCAACUCCUACUCUCUCUCGAGUGGUGUACCCCAGACAAGGUCCCUCGCCCGCCAAGCUUGGUGUUGGUGGUUUCGUAGCCGACUCUCCCCCAGGAGAUAAUGAGUUCAACAUCAGACAUCCUGGACGCCAUAAAAUUUCAUCCAACAAGAAGAUGCUCACUGGUAUUUCGCAUCUUGAUACCACAACCUUUGGUGGUGCCAAGGCAUAUGUUAACCCUGAGACGGCCACCGUUGAUCCCAGUGGAAAGGUUGUGGUUCAACUCCGAGAAGCAGAACCCGAGGCGCAGCUCAUUGCUAGGGAAGCCAAGGGACGCGCCCGAGUUUACGACCCGUUAAACCGAAGCAAGACGCAGAUCAACAUGGAGGCUGAUACUUGGCGAACAGGCCGCGCUGCUGAUGAACUUCUUGGUGGGGAUGCAGCUGCCCCUGAAGACGACGCUGUGAGCAGCUCCAGGAACUACGGCCUUGAUGAUAGGCAAUAA